AUGGUGGAUACGGAUAGGCUAGUUGGAUAUAGGGUCAGUAAAUUGCUUUUUUCUGAGAAGGGCGGAUGGAGGGAGGGGUUGAUUCGGGAGACAUUCGGGGAGCACUUGGCAGAGCGAAUUCUAACUCUUCGCAUUCCGUCUAGGGAGGAGCCAGACCGAUUGGCAUGGGUGCCGACAGAGCGAUCCAGGGUACAUGCCAGGGACCUCCGGACGCUGAUUAGUAGAAAGCCAGCUCGACAGAUGGAUGGAGGUUGGAUCUGGCGGAUGCGAAUCCACCUGCGGGUGGCCUUAUUCUUAUGGAAAGUGGCUUGGGGCUGCCUACCACCCCGGAGGAUGUUAGCAGGGAGAGGUGUUCAGACUACUCCAUUCUGCGAGGCUUGUUCGGACAUUGAGGAGACAGUGACCCACGUCAUCCUUAGCUGUCCUAAGGCAGCGCAGAUUUGGGAGAGGUUGUCUGUUCCUCUUCCACAUACAUGGGAGUCAGUGAAGGAUCUAUUGCAUCAUUUACUGGAGUCUAUGAGGAGACCUAGCACUGUCGAGAAGGGGAUUAGAAGGGCAUACCUGGCCUAUCAUAUAUGGUUGGACAGAAAUGCGCGUCUCUUUGAGGGCAGUAGGUCGAUUCCAAGGACGGUGGUGGACAGGGCUUUCGGCAUGCUGCGGAGAUCACCACGGCUACCGCGUCGAGAUUCUAUCAAAUGGCUAGGGACAUCUAGGAUACCCGUUUUGCUGUUACAGUGCCCAGAUUUGCCCUAUUUUUGGGUGCCCCCACCUCUUGGUCAUCUUAAAGUUAAUUUCAAUGGCUACAGGUCGAGGGAUGGAGUUUACGGAGGAGCAGGCUUUGUGAUCAGAGAUCACCAGGGCAGGCUGAUUGCGGCAGGAGGCUGA